AUGUUAAGUGUGUUGGGUUUUGACGUUCAACUCUCUCUUUCUAAUGUAUCCUAUGGAAGUAUUGAGAAAUUUGUCAAGACCCUAGAUAUUGGUUGUGUUUGUCAAAUUCCUGAUGUGUCUGGUGUGACUAGAACAAUCACUGGUCUAGUGUUCAUGAUAAUGGACCUUAAUUUAAAAUUGCCUCAUCUGUGCCGUCAACUUGUGUGGUUUAAGGGUAACACUAAUCAUUUCAUUUUUCAAUUUUCCGAUGAUGGUGCUCCUGAAACUAGCCAGCUUUCCAUGUCUAUUGGAAGUUUGACAUUAUGGAACUUAGGGCAGCGGGUUAGGAGUAGACAGUUUCAAUAUCUUUUACACUGUGUUAGUCUGAAUGAGAAACAUGAUGCCCUUGAGUUACUUUGGCAACAGCAUACUGAAGAGAUGCUGUUAUUAGAGGCGAGUGUUUUCACUGUCUCAGGUAAGGAGUGUACGCUUGAGUUCCAACCAAGUGCUGACAUGAGUUGGCAAAGUUGGGCUUGUAACGAGCUUAAUCGGGCUGCCACAUAUCCAUCGCCUUAUGCAAAUGUGCAUAAGGGCAACAUGGAUACUAUGGGUGGAAGCAUAGGGUAUAGCAGUACUGAUUUGAGGAAGCCCUGUGAUAGCAGUGACCGGGAAAAACAUAUUUUUAUGGUCAGUAGUUACCUUGCAAGCCUUUCUAAAAGCCUAACUGCAUCAACACUUCACACUAAGAAGCUAGCAUUCAUGGCUGAGCAUGGAAUCCGUCAGCUUGGAAGUCCUAGAAUUGGACUAUUUGCUGAUCGGGUAAAGCCGGAUCCUUUGCAUUGCGAGAUCAAUGCAUGGCAGCAUGUGCUAGAUUUAAUCUAUAGUGAGUCAGUUAGGCGAUGUGCUUUUGACAAGUUUAUCCAAACGCUUUCUGCUCCUGUUGGAGUAUGCCCUCGUAUAUCAACUCCUCCUGAUACAACUGAAAUAGAUGAAACAGCAGGGUCUGCUGAGUAUGCUUUUGAUAGGAAUGACAAUCUUGAGAGGGCUGGGUCAGAAAGUGCAAGUCUUUCACCUGAAAUGUCAUUUCAACCAGGCAUUUCCCUAGUGGAAAUGAGUAAAAAGGCUGCUUCAGCAAACAUGUCAACCAUGUUAGAAACUUCUACUACUUCUCUUUCCAGUAGCCCAUCAGAUAUAUAUGGAUGUGGCUUGUCGUACCUUUCUACAAAGGUUGCGGAGCACUAUGGUGAUGAGAAAAAGCGCUUUAACAAGCUGAGUGUCAGGCUUAUAGGAUCACAGGCAAUUGCUCUUGCACAAUAUGGCUAUCGUUUGGCAGAUUGUUUGCAAACAGCUUGUGAAACAGAAGGGGAGAAAGUGAGACGGCUAGCACUUGGGAAAAUUAUGCAACACCUUCGCAAUGCUGGUGGGUUGUUUAAUAAGAUUUAUGUGAACAAUCCAGGUGAUAUUUCUCAGUUGGAGGAAUUCUGCCAGCUUUACUUUUAA